GUUGGGUUUGUUUUGGAUUGACAUGGCGUCCAGCUCAGGGUCUGUUGCUUUGGCUGAGAAGCUGCAGGGUCUGAAUGGGCUGUUUGCGAUCCACAAAAAGAAAGGACCCACUUCAGCAGACGUGCUGAAUCUCCUGAAAGCUAACCUUUUAAAAGAGGCUGGCAUCAAGCAACAUCCAAUGAAAAGAAAAAAACAGGUUCUGAAGUUGGGACACGGAGGAACCCUGGACAGUGCAGCAUCAGGAGUGCUUGUGGUUGGCAUUGGCAAAGGGACCAAAAUGCUUGGUGGAAUGUUGUCCUGCUCCAAGAUAUAUACAACAAUUGGGGAAUUUGGAAAAGCCACAGACACAUUCGAUGCUCUCGGGACUGUGACAGAUGUACAGUCAUAUGAUCACAUAACAAAGGAUGACCUGGAAACUACUCUGAAGAAAUUUACAGGAAACAUUAUGCAGACUCCUCCAAUAUAUUCUGCUUUGAAGCAAAAUGGGCAACGACUUUCCUGUUUAGUAAAGAAGGGAGAAGCUGUGGAAGCUAAACCUGCUAGACCCGUUGUGGUUUUUGGUCUUUCUGUACAAGAUUACAAUCCUCCUCUCUUUACUCUGAAUGUUGAAUGUGGUAGUGGGUUUUAUGUCCGCAGUUUGGUUAAUGACCUUGGCAAAGAACUUUCUUCAUGUGCCCAUGUAAAGGAGUUGAUCAGAACCAAACAGGGUCCUUUCACUUUGGAUGAACAUGCACUUCAAGAGGAGAAAUGGACAAUCAGUGAAAUAGUAAAAGCUGUAGAGUCCUGCGUGCAAUUAGUUCCAUCUGAAGCAGCAUUAAAGAAAUUGAAGAUAAACUAUCAGGAUGACACUGAACAAGUGAAAGAAGCUGCCUGAUAUUGAGAUACGUUUCUUGUUGAAAAAACAAAGUAAGGAAUACAAUGUAAUCUGAAUUAUUCUGCAGUACAGUUCACAUUCUUAGUUAUGAACCACACUGAUUAAUAGUUAUUUUAAAAUAUUCUUUGAAAAUCCCAAGAAUGUUGACCCUUUGUGUUGCAUAAUUAGUCAAUUCAGUUUUGUAAGACUGAACAAUAUUUGGAUGGUGGUUGUUAACAAGAGAGGGUCAGUUAACAUCCUGGAUACUUUGCUUUGUUGAAAUGUUCAAGUUACAUAAUUCUCCCUCUAAUGCAAGAUUUUAAUCACUCUUAAUAGUUAUUAAGUAAAAAAUGAAUAAAAAGUUUGAAAACUUAAUGUUGAAGCUGUGUUUGAUCAAUAAUUGAUAACAGUUUUCAUUGCUGUAUAUUGAUCAUUUAUAACACUGUGAAACUUUUGGAUUGAAACAUAUUGAAUCUUCUACAACUUUGCAGCUCUGUUAUGGGUUGUAAUAUUCUCUUCCUCAUUAGAAAUGACACCUUUCCUCCGUACGGCAGUUCAUCCCUACGGCAUAUAUGUUUUGUUAAAAAUGUCUUAAUGGGGCUGCGUCACAUGCAGUUAGUCAAAUUCGGUUAAAACUUCAAGGCAAUGUUUUAAAACUGUCCUUAAAGCAUUUUCAAACUAAAACAGAAAUUGCUGGUGAAACUCAACAGAUGUGGCAGCAUCUGUGGGAAGAAAGCAGAGUUAACAAUUCAAGUCUCUUGGCGACUCUUCAUAAGAACACUUAGCAGCUCGGCAAAAUUUAUGUCUAUGCUGAAGACAAAGUUGGGGGGUGGGGUAGGUUUGGAAUGAGAUGAGCAUAUAGUGGAGAUGGAGUCCAAAGAGAGAUAUGAAUUUAUGAAUAGUAGACCAGGACAAAAGAAAAGCUAAAAUUGUAAAACUAAGCGUAGUAGAGAAUAAGUGAGUUGCACUGAAAACAUUCCGCUAUCCAGCCAUGACAGAUAGUAGAAUUUAAAUUCACUCCAAAUCUGGACUUAAGAAUCAAACGAUGACUUUGAAUCUAUAGUCAAUUGUCAGAAAAACCCAUCUGGUUCACUAAUGUCCUUCAGGGAAGGAAACCUCUAUCCUUACCUGAUCUGGCCGACGUGUGACUCUGGACCCACAGCAAUGUGGUUGACUCUGAACUACCCUCUGGGCAAUUAGGGAUGGGCGAUAAAUGCUGCCUAGCCAGCGAUGCCCUCAACCCGUGAACAAAUAAAAUAAAACAAGAAUAAGACAAACAUGGUAUAAGGCCUUGGAGUGGGUGAGAAUGGGUUUCAUAAUCGGACUGGGUGUGGGAUGAAUAAAAAACAUUGAAGCCUGGAAACAGGCUGUAAAUUUAUUGAACUUGAUAUUGAGUCUUUGAGACUGCAGGGUCCCUAACUGGAAAAAGGGAUUCUUUGAGCUUGACAGUCCUGUGACAGAAAUGAUGGCAUGGGAACACGGUGGUGUGUUGAAGUGACAAGUAACUGAAAGCUCCGUGUCACUUUUGUGGACAGAACAUAGGUGUUUUGCAAAACAGUCACCCAGUCUGUAUUUUGUCAUCCCAGUAUAGAAGAGCCCACACGAUGAACAAUGAAUACAACAGACUAGGUUCGAGACAACAAAACUGCAGAUGCUGAAAUCCAAGGUAGACAGAAAGGAGGCUGGAAAAACACCACGUGGGUAGCAUCUGAAGGAGAAGAAGUCAACAUGUCGUGUAUUACCUUUUCUUAGGGCUGGAUGUGGGGGGUAAGUGGAAUCGUGGUGAUAGGUGGAUACCAUUUGUAGGUACAACCUGAUUGGUUGAUGGGAAGAAUGAAUCUGCUUAGUAGCUGGAAUGGCAGGGAGGAGGCCAUAGGUUGAAAGGGAGGAGAUGGGCUGGAAAGGGAGCCAGGAGAUGGGUGGGAAGGUUAUUCGAAAUUGGAGAGCUCAGUGUUAGGUCCUUUUGGGUUAUAAGGUGUUCAGACAGAAGAUAAGGUGUUGUUCCUCAAAUUUGCAAUCUGAUUCCCUGCAACACUGGAGGAACACUGGAGGAGGCUGAGGAUGGACAUGUUGGAGGGGGAGUGGUGGGUGGAGUUGAAAUGGGCGGUGACCGAGAGGUUAGGCUGGCCAUUUUGGCCCGGGCGAAGAUGCCUUGCAAAACGAUCACUUAGUCUAUGUUUGGUCACACUGACGUACAGAAGAUCCCAUAGUUUCCAUUUCGGGUGACUGUUUACGGACUGACAUCUACUAUAAAUGCACUGACUCCCAUAGCUACAUGGAUCACACAUUCGCCCACCCUGUAAUCCUGCAAAAACUCCAUCCCAUUUUUCUGAUUCUUCAGCCUCUGUUGCAUCUGCUCUGAUGAGGAGAUUGUUCUACUCCCAAGCAUUCUGGAUGUCCUAUUUCUUUCUGGGCACCCUGCAGUUCUGAGGACUUGAUAUUGAGUUCUCUAAUUUCAAAUAACUUUCCCACCCAUCGCCCAGCUCUCUUUCACUCUGUCUACCGCUUCCUUUCUCUCAUUCUGCCUCCUAACCUGAUUCAUCCCUCGCAUUGACCAAUCUGGUCGUACCGACUACCGGUGUCCACCUAUCACCACCAUUCCUCGACUCCCCCCACCCCUCUCUUUAUCUGCAGCUCCCCACCCCCUCCACAUCCAGUUCUGAAGAAAGGUAAUACCUGAAACAUUGACUACUUCCCCAGAAGCCAUCUGGCUUGCUGUGUUUUCCCAGCCUCCUCCUUGAAUGCAAUAGACUAGAUUGAAUGGAGUACAAGCAAAUUGCUGCUUCUCCUGGCAGGUAUUCCUGGAUUGAAGGUGUUGAGGAAGGAGAAGGCAAACGGGCAGCUGUUACACCUUGUGCAGUUGAAUGGGAGGGUUUUGUGGGGAGGUGUUUGAGUGGAUGAAUGUGUCCCAGAGGGAACAGCCCCUGGGGAAUGCUAACAAGGAGUGGAGGGGAGUAUGUGUCCAGUUGUAGUAUUGCAGUGAAGAUGACAAAAAUGGCAGAUGUGGAGGCUGGAGUGGUAAGUGAGGACCAGGUGAGAAUGCUAUCACUGUUGUGACCACUUUGCAGAAAACCUAUGUUCUGUCAGCAAAAAUGACAGAGGUUCCAAUUACCUGCCAUUUCAACACACCAAUAUGUUGACUGGCCAACAUUUCUGUUGCAGGUCUACUGUAGUGUUUCAGCGAGCCACAGCGCAAGCUCGGAGAAUAAUAUUUUCUGGUUGGGGAUCCUGCAGCUUCUAAGAUUGAAUGUAGAAUUCAGUAAUUUUAGAGUCUGAUUCGAUUCUUCUGUUUCUUUUUUACCCAUCCCACACCUGUUCCUGUUACAAAAUGGCUUGUUUUCGGCACAGUUACCCAUUCUUUCCUCCUCUUAGCUCUUAAUAUCACUUAUGCAGUUUUUUACUGUCCAUAAUUUCCUUGUUUACCUACCCCUUCCAUAUCUCUGUGGGCUCCAUCUCCACAUAUCGGCACACUCUCUCUCUCACUCUGUCUUCUGUUACCCCUCCGUCCACACUUUGUCUUUGGCACAAAUGUCGCUUUUCCCGAGCUGACAGUUCUAAUGAAAAGGCUCCAGACUUUAAUAUAUUAAACUCGGCUUUGUUCCCACAGGUGCUGCCAGACGUGCCGAGUUUUGCCAGCGAUGUCUGUUUUGUUUCAAAUCUCUAGUAUCUGCAGUUCUUUGUUUUAUUUUAAUAUUUUAAAACAGUAUUCGGCCCGAAAUGCUCAAGUUAUUACAGCUGUCCUGUGACAACAAUUUCUGAAUAAGUGCAAUUGUCUGGCUUUCUUUAAAGUUAUACCUCUUGAAGCACAGAUUAGAUUAGCAGUUGCUAAAUAUCACAAUAUAUUCUUAUGCUGGGAAUAACUCUUUGAAGCCAUAUGGAAAGUUAUUUUAGCUUCUUAUUGAAUUGAAUGGAUGAUUUUUUAAAAGGUAUAGUGGUAGUCAGAUUCAUUGUGCUUCAGUAAAUCUCAAAUCCCAUGAUAUUGUGGGAGCCUCAUUGCAUCUGUCUUGCCUCCUUAGCAUGAUCUGACGUCCCUUUUGGCCUUGAUGUCAACCCCAACCCAUUUCUCUUACCACCCUUUGAUCCUGCUGCGUGGGACCAUCUAUUCACCAUUCAUUUUUCAAUCAUCAAAAGUCACGUUUGAAUGCAUUUGCCCUGUAUUUUGGCUAAAAUAGAGUUUUUGUCAAUGCAUGUAUAACUUCACAAUGCAGACUGAAUAUCCGUAGUCAAGUGAAAAUAAUCUCUACCAAGCAGUGUUUCUCGGAAUUCUAUAAAUAGCAGAUGAUAAAAGAAGAAUUGAUAUUUAGGAACAGUAACUGAAAAUUCCUUAGCAAAGCUACCAGAUGUAAGUUGCUGAUGAGUUAAAGUUACACAAGACAUACUCGAUGCAUACAAUAGCAGCAUAAUUUCUGCAGUAAUAUACUUGCCACUUAUUAAUAUAUAAUGGGUGCAAUGCAGUAUUUCUCCAUCUAAGAUGUGGGAUUUAAUGGUCCAAUUUUUUUUAGUGUUAAAGUUUUUGAAUUUAAAUUUUUAAAAUUUUUGAAUAGCUUAAACUUCUAGAUGUUGGUGCCUUCAACAAAUGCUGUUUUCUUGAGUAUUGAAGUGUGUUAAAACUGGGUUGUCCAGAAAUAAAAAAGCAUGUGAUGAAUCACUUCCAAAUAUUACACUGUGUGAAGUAGCUAAACAGUUUCUUCUGGUCAGACUUAAUGCUGUUGUUAAUUAAUGUUUCAGAAAGAUGUUUGGAGUAGUAUAUGUAGAUCACUUGAUACAUUCUUUUUUUAAUUCCUCAAAGUGUCAUGUUGAGCAGUCACAUUUCCAUAGUCGCUUUUAAUGAAAUGGAUUAGGAGUGUAAAAUAAUAUGGGCAAAAAACUUCAGUGUGCUUUGGUGCAGAGGGAUCUAGGUGUCCUCGUGCAUAAAUCUCAAAACUAGUGUGCAGUUACAGCAGGUACUAACGAAGGCAAAUGGAACUUUCACGUUUAUUGCUAAAGGCAUACAGUAUAAAAGUAGGGAGGUGUUGCUACAAGUAUACAAGGCAUUAAUGAGACUGCAAUGGAGUCUUACAGUUUUAGUACCCCUUUUUGAGGAUAGAUAUAGUUGCAUUGAAGACAGUUCAGAGGAAGUUCACUCAAUUGAUUCCAGAGAUAAGGGCUUUGCCGAAUGAAGAGAGAUUGACUAGUUUAGGCUUAAACUCUCAAGAUUUUAGAAGAAUGAGCGGAGAUUUGAUAACAAAGGGGAUUGAUAUAGUAGAGAGGAUGUUUCCUCUUUGGACAACUCCAUUUGAAAUUCAGAUUUUUUUCAAUGGUUAAACCCUUACAUCUUGAUGUAAAAUAUAAUGGUGCAGUCGCAAUGAAAAAUCUUAUGCUGCAUUAGAAAAUGGUUGAAAUGCCAUUUCAAAACUGGAUUGAUUAGUCCAAGGAAAUAAUUUUUUGCAAAGAGGAAAAAGUAACGUUCCCUGAAACCUUUGGUUAUUUGCCACACUAUGUAGAUUUCCUGAUUCAUUUCAUCGCAGAAAUAUAUCUUAUUGCCUGUCUUUGUAUGCUAUUCCAGUUUUCUGAGCAGCGUCAUCCACAUCCCAAGAGCAAUUAGAUUGUGUAGUAUGAUUCUGCUAUCUUUUAAUUGCUUGCUACCAUUCUAUUACUAAUUUCACAAUUAAUAAUUUUCAAUUCCAUCUCUUGUGGAACCAUCUAGAAUGAGAGGUCAUAGCUUUCGGAUAAGGGUUUGCUGAUUUUAAAAUAGAUGAGCAGAACUUAGUUCUUUGAGAGUAAUGGAUCUGUGAGUUCGGAACCCGAAAGUGCAAUGGAUGCCUGGACACUUAAAAGGAGACAGAUGAUUUUUAAUUAGUAACUGAUUGAAGAGUUAUGGAGAGUGGGCAGGAAAGUGGAGUUGAGGCCAAGAUGAGAUCAGCUAUGAUCAUAUUGAAUGGCAUUGCAGGCUUGAGACACUGGAAUUUGUACUCUAGCUCCUAGUUCUUUUUACUUCCAAAUUAGGAGAAUUUAGAAAAUUAUGUUAAACAAUAAUUUUAAAAAUCAAUCAUUUUUCAUGUGUUUUUAAAGUAAUUGGUGAUUAAAAUAUUUAGAAGAAAUGUGAUAGUAAAUGUUUUUAAUUGCUGUGUUUUUUUUUGAAGACCACUUCUCAUAAGGGAUCAACUCUUUGUUGUACACUUCACUGGGUGCCAACUGCCCUUCAGUGGAUUUCCCAGAUGUUCAUUAUUUGUGGAAUGUAGCGUACAUCCGGUUAAUCUUGCUGCUAAUAGCUAGACGUACCCUUUACUGCUUUUUGCCAAAUGUAAACUUGUCUAAUUUAACCUUCCAUGGCCCACUGAGCUUGGCAGUAAGGUCAGUUUAUACAUUUUGCUGCAAUGGAUGGGGUGAUUGAAGCAAAAUCCCUAUUUUUUUUAGUCAACUGCUGAGACAUCAAAUAUGUUUCUUUUGUGCACUUACAUCUUUGUAGCUAUUCACUUCUUUGAGCAUUGUCAAGUUAGAUGUAAGUCAGGCCCUUUGAUAGAUGGAGAAAAAGAUCAAUUUUUGGUUUUCCACUUGGUUUCUUCUUGUCAUCUAUUUAGUACUAACUGGAGCAAGUUCUUGUUUGAACCUAGUUCUGUGUUGAACUUUGUUCCCUCAUUAUUGCCAAUGAUCAGAGUCAAGUCUGAAUACAACCCAGUUGACAAGAUAAUCCACUGAAAGGGCUUUAUGUUGAUGUAUAAGUAUGUCAUAAAGUGGGAGCUGUGAAGCUAGUUGCCAAUGUUUAUGAAGUAACCAUUGAAUCAUGCAAGUAUUUUUCUGAAAAAUUACAACUAAGAAAUGGUGCUGAAAACAACAAAUGCUGGAGCUCACAACAGCUCAUACAGCAUCCAUGGAAAGAGAGCAAGUUAAGAGCUGGACUCAAAACACUAGCUUGCUCUCUUUCCAUGUAUGCUGUCUGAGCUGCUAUAAUGUCUACAUUUGCUGUUUUCAGUAGAGAUUUCCAGCAUCUUCAUUAAUUUGCUCUGUGCUAAGAAAUGGUUCCUUUAUUCACAUUUUGGUUGCUUUUUCCAUUUCACACUGAGUAUUGGUAUUUCUAAUCAACAGUCUGUGCAUAUGUUGUCCGUUUGGAGGGUCAAAUUACAUACAAGGCAAAACUGAUAAAUUUGCACUUGUAUGACACUUUUCACAAGUCAGGACACCCUAAAGUACUUUACAGAUUCUGACGCUCUGCUGGUCCCUUCGCAUUCCAGCAGUGGAAGCAAUUCUGUUUUGUAAUUUUUGCCAUUCAGAUUGAUUCACCCAAUUUAUACUGCAGCAUGAGUAGUUAACAACAAAAAGCUGCAUGCUGUCAAAAUUACAUGCACAUCUGUCACAAACUAAGUUUGUGCCAUGUGGCCUGAAUUUCUGGUGCUUGUGCAGUUACCAGUUACUUGAAGAAAGUUGAUGCAGGUGAGCAAGAAACUACUGACAUCCAUGGACGGGUUGAGCACCAAGUCCUCAUGCAGCAGAGCAAAAGUGCCUUGCCCCAUCAAUAGUGCACGGUAUUUAUAUUUGACACUACCACAGAUAUGAAUUUUUGGCUCUUCUGCCUAACUUAAUUUUGUUUAUUUUGAAGAUACAGUGACUAUCUCUGCUGUACACUACUGUAAUGGAAUAUAACCUGUUCAUCCUGAAAUUUCUAAUAGUAAAUGAAAGCAACUUUUCCUUUUUUUCAGAUUGUUAGUGUUACCUCAGUUCUCAUUCAAUAUAUUAAACUGCAGAAGAUGAAAAGUCAGGAGUAUGAUCUAAAAAGAAAUAGUGUAAAUUACGAAGUGCUUAAAUAAUUCAAACUGGUAAAGAAGGCGGGAUGAUUUUUCUUCUUUCACAGAGUGUGGGUGUUGCUCACUAAGCCAGCAUCUGUUACCCAACUUGUCCUUAAAAGGAUGGUACUAAGCAGCCUUCCUGAAGUGCUGCAGUCCAUGUAGUGUAGGUAUGCCUACAAAAAAACAGCACAAAUCCAAACUAGCCAAUUAUCACCCAAUCUCUUUACUCAGCAGAAUGUUAGAAGGAAUUGUCAACAGUACUAUCAAGUGACAGCAAUAUAUGUAAUGGUAUAGCAUGCUCACUGAUGUUCAAUUUAGGUUCUACCCAGGCCUCUCAGCUCCUGACUUAAGAUUCCCUAUAGUAUGGAAACAGGCCCUUUGGCCCAACAAGUCCACACUGCCCCUUAGAGCAUCCCACCCAGACCCAUCCCCCAAAACACUACAGGCAAUUUAGCAUGGCCAGUCCAUCUCACCUGCCCAUCUUUGGACUUUGGGAGGAAACCAGAGCCCCUGGAGGAAAUCCAAGCAGACACGAGGUGAAUGUGCAAAUUCCACACAGACAGUCACCCGAGGCUGGAAUUGAACCCGGGUCCCUGGUGCUCUGAGGCUGCAGUGCUAGCCACCGUGCCGUCCUUAAUUACAGCUUUCGUCAAAAUGUGGACAUAAGAGCUGAACUCGGGUGAGACAAGAGUGACUCCUCUUGACAUUAGCACAGCUUUUGACUGUAUAGUAUCGAGAUACGUACCAAAGCUAGAGCCAUAGAAUCACACAGCAACAGAAUCAGACCCUUCAAUGCAACUCAUUCGCGCUGAUCACACAUCCCCAUAUGACCCAGUCCCAUUUGCCAGUGUUUGGCCCAUAUUCCUCUAAACCAUUCCUAUUCAUAUACACAUCUAGAUGUCUUUUAAAUGUUGCCAUUGUACCCACCUCCACCUCCUCAUAUGGCAGCCUGUUCCAUGCACACAUCACCAUCUGUGUGACAAAGUUACUCCUCUGAUCCUUUUUAAAUCUUUUCCCCUCACCUUAGAUCUAUGCCAUCUAAUUUUGGACUCUCACACCCUAGGGAAAAAACCUAGGCUGUUCACCCUAUCAAAGGCAAAAAAAACCAGCCUAUUCAGUCUCUCCCUAUAACUGAAACUCUUCAGACCCGGAAAUAUGCUUGUAAAUAUUUUCAGCACUCUGUCACGUUUAACAACAUCCUUCCCAUAAAAGAGUGAGCAGAUUGUAGGCAGUAUUCUAAAAGUAGUCAAAUCAGUGUCCUGUGCAUUUGCAACAUGAUGUCCCAAAUCCUAUGCUCCAAUGUUCUUUUAGUUGAAUUGAAUGAUUUAUUGUUACUUGUGUUUUACAAUGAAUAAUCCAUCCCAAUCUGGCCCAAUUUUGAAUAGUUUAAGAAUUAAAAGAUAUAACGGAUAAAAAGUCUAUCUUGUACACAUUGUGUGUUCAUUGCAGGAUGGAGGGCUGGGGAUGAGAUUAUUGCCCUUGGCACUUUUUAUUAGCCUGAAUGUUUGCUGUCACUAUCUGAUCAAGUUUGAAUGCUGUCCAGGUCUUGUUGAGUAUGGACAUGGACUGCUCCAGUAUCUGAUGCAACAUUAGUGAAAUCAUUAGUGAGUAUUCUCACCUCUGACCUCCUGAUGAGGGAAGCUCAAAAUGUUCUUUACUUAUUCAUAAAUUAAUGCAUAAUAUUUUUGAAGCUAUGGAGGUUUAGCCUGGAGACUUCCUUUGGACAACUGCAUUUGAAAUUCAGAUUCUUUCAAUGGCUAAACCUGUACAUCUUGAUGUAAGAUAUAAUGGUGCAGUUGCAAUGCAAAAAUCUUAUGCUGCAACAGAAAGUGGUUGAAAUGCCAUAUGAAAACUGGAUUGAUAAGUCCAAGGAAAUAAUUUUUUGCAAGAGGAUAAAGUAAUGUGCUCUGAAACCUUUGGUUAUUUGCCACAAUAUGUAGAUUUCCUAAUUCAUUUCAUUGCAGAAAUAUAUCUAUUUGCCUGUCUUUACAUGCUAUUUUGGUUUCCUAAACAGUGUCAUCCACGUCCCAAGAGCAAUUAGAUGGUAUAGUAUGAUUCUGCUAUCUUUUAAUUGCUUGCUACCAUUCUAUUACUAACUUCACAAUUAAUAAUAUUCAAUUCCAUCUGGAAGAACAAGGUCAGCAGAUACAUUGGAACAUCUUCACCUGCAAGUUCCCCUCCAAGUCACUCACCAUCCUGAUUUGGAAAUGUAUCACGUUUCCUUCGCUGUCGCUGGCUUAAAAUCCUGGAAUUCCCACAGUGAUGUUGUGUAGCACAUGGACUGCAGUAGUUCAAGAAGAUAGCCUCACUACCAUUUUCUCAAGGCCAGUUAGGGACGGGCACUAAAUGUUGUUCAGCCAGUGAUGGCCACAUUCCAGAAAUGAAUUAAGACAAAUGGUACCACCUGUUUUUUUUGUAAGAUUUAUUGAUUCUAUUCCCUCUCUGCCUAAAUGCUCACAAUUUUGACAUCAACCAAAACUCUGCUGGUUCCUCAAGAUGGAAUUGUCCUUCAUUGUACAAAGUCCAAUUGUACCAGCAUCCCCAGUUGCCCAGAGCACAGUUAAGAGUCAGCCACAUAACAGUAAUCACUCAUUAUCGUUGCGCUGGCUGGCCUUAUGUGGGCUUCCACUUGAGUGAUAUGAUUUCAACAUUCUUGUCCUUGUUUUUAAAAUUGCUCUGUGACCUUACUGCUUCCAAUUUCUGCAGUCUUAACAGCUCUACAACAUUUCCAGAGAACUGCACUGUUCUGAUACUGACUUGCUAAACCGUUGUCAAUUUUAAUUGCUUUACCAUUGGUGACUGUCCCUUCAGAAAUCCAGGCCUUAAGGUCCAGAUUUUCCUCCCUCCACCUAUUAGCUUCUCUGUCUUGCUUUCCUCCUUUAGUAAAGCAAAAACGUUGUACCUGCUGAAAAUCUGAAUACAAACAGACGUGGGAAAAACCUAGCAGGACUGGCAACAGUUAUGAAGGGAGAAUUCCUCAAAUCUGAACUCUGAUGUGAAGAAGCCAAAAUGUUAAUUGUUUCUCUCUCUAUAGAUGCUGGCUGACCUGCUUUCUCCAGCUUUGUUUUUAUUCUUAGCUUAAGAUGCUUCUUAAGACCAAUCUUAAUUGUCUACUGUAAUCACAUGACUGCCAAAUUUUGCAUCCAUGUACAUUGGAAUUAUUUAUUACGAUGUGUAUUAUAAGUGCUUGAUAUUGCCAUGUUGUCUGAAAGAGGUUUUGUCAAUCUUAGGAACUUUGUUCAAUCCCUAAUUGUAAAAGAAUCUUGUUCAAAUACAUGCUUUCAACUUUUGAUCUCCUUCAUGAUCUUAGCUUUCUGUUCCCUUUCAACUGGAUGCAUUGUUUGGCAUAUUCUGCUUGAGUCGAGUUACAACUUCGAAGUGUAUGGAAAAAAAAUCGUUGUUUAUGAUUUAUCAACAUGAUUCAAAAUAUCCAGCAGUCUAGUUCAUCUGCGGAUAUGCAGACAGAUAUGUGUUUUACAAUUUUAGUAAUCAUAUUAAAUUACAAUUUACAAAUAUACUUAAGUUGCUUUAUUCUGUUCUGAAAAUUAUGUAAAAAUGACCAAGAUUCCCACUAUCUCUUUGGAAUGCAAAGAAUGUAAUGCCCUACUUUGUUGAGUGCUUUGUAAUCUGUUUAAAGCCAGACUGAACAGUGCUUGGAGUUUUCUAAUGCAUUCUGUACAUUGAUUCCUAAUAAAACUGCACCAAGAAUGGAUAAGAGAA